UACUGUAUGUGGAUGGGAAUUCUGUGUGGGAUGACAGUGAGGCAUGGUGUUUAGGAAAUACCGCAAUGAAGACCGUUCCGAGGGAGAGGAGAUGUUUUUUACGGUGUUCCUGCGCUCCGUUCAGACAGUCCGGCCCCCAGCCCUCCCGCCCAGAGCCUGCUGUCAGAGAGCGGCGCUGAGCAGGAGGAGGGGGCACGGGGUCUGGCUCCCGGCCCCGGCCCUGGCCCGGAUCAUAACGCGAUGCUUUCACUUUCACUUUCUCCAGGGGACGAGAACUGGUGAUCGGGGCAGGUCUUUGUCAGAGUUUCGUUUCGUGCUGUAAAAGAGAAGUCAAUGGCGUCACCAGAGAUGAGGUCACAGCACAAUAUUAUAGGCUGGGGAAAUCUCAGUUUUCUGUAAAGAAUUCUUGGGGCUGCUGCCUUCAAUGUUCAUCAAUAUGUUCAAGCAAAAUACUCCGGAUAUCAGACUACUGGCAUUGCAAAUAGCUGAUAAACUGUCGAAGGAUGAAAGUGCCACCUUAGUGUUUUUGUGCCUUGAUAUUCUGAAAGAUUACUUAAAUAUUGGGGAAGUGAAAGAGCUGUUUGAGAUCCUGUUCAAGCGGAACCUGCUGAGGAUUGAGCUCCUAAAUGAACUGCUUUAUCGAAUAAAGAGGUUUGAUGUUCUGAAAGGAUUGAAAGUUGACGUGAAGUGUUUGGAGAGACAUUUGAACAGUGGUAAAGGAUACGUAUCUUCAUACAGGCAGUUGUUGACGGACAUCAGCGAAAAUCUCUGUCAAGAAGAUUUGCAAUCUAUUUUGUUUUUAUUAAGUUGCCAAGUACCAAAAGGCCACCAGGAAGCAAUGAAGACCUUCCUAGAUUUAAUUGUCGAACUGGAGAAACUUGGCAAGAUUGAUGCAAAUAAUUUGGAAUUGGUGGAAGAUUGUCUAAAGAACAUUGGGAGAAUGGAUCUGAGAAAGAGGGUCUCUAAAUACAAACAAAUGUCUCUUGGAGCUCAUUCCAUGCAAAAUUCCAAUGCAUAUCGGAAUGUUAUCCCAAUCGCUGUUCCCUUUCAAGAGCAGGGUUCUGGCCGUGCGCAGUUUGAACAGAGUCGACAGGUGAGCAGUUGGAUGCCAGCAUUUGGAAGCUGUAACACAAGUGAGUUAUCGAGACAACACGUUCACUCAAACUAUCCAACAUCAUUAGUGGCCUCAGUUGAAGAGCAACAAUCAGAGUCAAUGAUGAACCCAGCCGUUGAAUCGGUUCAGCCUCCUGGAGCAGCAGCUGCAGCACUACAGAAUGGGUUGGAGGUGUACAGGGUACAGAGUACACCCCUCGGCCUCUGUUUAAUCAUCGAUUGCAUUGGAACUGAUGCAGCUUUACUAAAGGAAACAUUUGAGAUUCUCCAGUUCCGGGUGGUCACCCACUUAUACGUCGAGCUGGACCGUCUGAAGCAGAUCCUGAGGGAAACCUCCCAACGCGAGGACCUGGCCACAGUCGACUGUUUCGUGUGUUGCAUCGUGAGCCGGGGGAUGACCGACAGCAUCCUGGCAAUCAAUGGGCAAAGCCCUGGCCUCUUGUUUGAAGAAAUCCAGCAGUACUUCAAAGGACUGAGAUGUCGGGCCCUGGUGGGGAAACCCAGGCUUUUCUUCGUUCAGGAUUUCCUCGCGGCCACACCUGACCCUGAUGAGAGUUUAGAGACAGACACUGCUCAGGGCAACGGAGAGGUGGUUCAAGCUGAUGGUCGUGCCUGGGAGGAAGUAAUCCCACAGGAAGCAGACAUCCUGUGGUGUUGCUGCAGAGUGUCUGAGCACCUGAUCUUCCAGGCGGGCCAGCAACCAUCGUCCUUUAUGCGCACGUUGUCGGAGUGUCUACGGGAACAUCACAAGAGUGAUUUGAUAUCAAUGCUAACGGAGGUGAACAGACAGACAAUGCUGAGGAACCGUCAACUGGCUUUUGAGGAACCUGUACCGCUGGUCCUCCGCCACACUCUGAGGAAAAAACUCAUCUUGCCGUGAGGGGCCCCUGUGACCGCUACUGCAUUAGUUAUGUUCAGAAACUGGCCAACCACAGCAUGAAACCAGCUUCACCACCUCACAAGCAAUCUCCGAACACCGGGGCCUGGGCACCUAAAGAAACAAGGUUUGAUGCAUUGGUUCAGUCAGGAGAGGAGAAUUAGAUCCACUGAAAGAUCCAGUCACAAGUGACAAGGAUCUAGGUUAAGGUGGAGGGAUCGAGGUGGUGAGGGAUCAAGAUCAGGGAUUAAGACAGGGAGAUCUAGAGAGUAAUCCAAAGAUCUAAAUUGGGGGAGAGGGAUCAUGACAAGAGCAGAGGGUUUGUGAUAUUUAAAGCAAGCAAGAAAGGAUGUAGACGGGCACAGGAAUCUAGACUCGGAGUAAAUUGGGAGGGAUGUGGGCUGGGGUAAAGGGAGUAAAGUAGGGAGAUAGAGACAGCUAGACUAGGAAUCAAGGAAGGGAGGGAUCAAGGAAUGCUGUGUUAGCCAUCAAGCCUAUUAUGUUGUAUGUCACUUCAUCACUUAGUGAAAUUGUUUAUCAAUGUAUUCAUUGGAGGUCUUUUAGCUAUCACCACCAUAAGUGUUCUUCAGUUUUUUGGAGCUUUUUCAUGUUAUCUAUUAAGUAUCUACGAGUGUGAUUAUAUUUUGUAAAAAUAGUAAGAUAUUUACUGGAGUACUGGCUGCAAUUCUGGCUUAUGGUCCUCCGACAUCAAUUGCCUGUUGUAGUGGCCAUUUCUGGAGUUUAUAAGAACAUACAGUAUGUAAGAACAUAGGAAAGAGGAGUGGGCCAUAUAGCCAUUCAAGCCUGCUCUGCUAUUUAAUAAAAUUAUGAUUUACCUUCACUUAAAAUGUUCUAAUAUGUGCAAUACUGUAUGUUUUAACUUAUGUUUUUUGAUAGAUUACUUUGUAAUAUAUAAGUUAUAUUAUUCUGAUUAUAUGUUUAAUAACAAUAAAUUCAUUAUCCCUUUAACUCAAAAAAAGAAAAGCCUGGUUGAAUUGGCUUCUUUCAAAGCAUAAGUUGAUUUAGUUUGGGAGAGAGGUAUCCAAAGGAAAGAGAUCCAGCCUCACUUUGACC